UUACCUCCACCUCUGUGUUUCCCCUCUCUGUCUCUCUGUCUCUCUCUCUCAUCUUCAAUGAGAAAAUAAGGGAAUGGAAUGAAGAGUAAUCCGAUAAACUCAUUCAGAAAAAAGCUGCAUUUCCGGUGGCAACGCAGAGGAAAUCUCACCACCAUUCCCCUCCAAACACCAACCCCAAAACCAUAUCAUAAACAAUAACCAAAACCCAGAUCGAUGAGUACAAUUACCAAUACCAUUAGUUCCAAUAGUAACAACACCCAUCUUCAUCAUCAACAUCAACAUCAACAUCAACAUCAACAUCAAAAUCAACAUCAACAUCAAAAUCAACAUCAACAUCAAAAUCUACAUCAACAUCAACAUCAACAUCAUCAUAGUAGGAUUAGCAAUGGCACCCAAGCAUGCGCCGCAUGCAAGUAUCAACGUAGGAAAUGUGCCUCUGAUUGUGCGCUAGCUCCUUAUUUCCCUCAUGAUCGCCAAAAACAAUUCCUUAAUGCUCAUAGAUUGUUUGGUGUUAGUAACAUUACCAAGAUUAUUCGAAACCUUAACCCUCCUGAUAAAGAUAUAGCCAUGCGUACCAUUAUAUAUCAGUCUGAUGCACGUGCUAAGGAUCCUGUAGGCGGGUGUUACAGGAUCAUUAGAGAGUUACACCAUCAAAUCUCGUAUUGUAAGGCUGAGUUAGACCUUGUCCUUCAACAACUUGAGCUUUGUAAGGCACAAGUUUAUCAACAACAACAUCAUGCUCAGUUAUAUCAGAUGGCUACCGGCCUUGCCAAUCAGUCUUUGGAGGCCACCGAUACUCAGGUUGAGGCUGUAGAGGCUACUACUACUCCUGUAGGUGAUCUUAAUAAUAAUAAUAAUAAUAUUAACAAUCAAGGCUCUGAAAUAGUAACUACGUGUGAUAAUGAUAGUUACCAACAAUAUCAGGCUUUGAUGCGGUGUUAUUAUUAUGAUGAGGCGGAUAAUCAAGGGAAUAAUGAGCAACAACAAUACAUUCCUAUUUCUGAUCAGCAACAUCAUGUCCAAGAUCAAAAUGAUCAGUAUUCGUGGGUGGCGCCUCCUCCGAAUGAUGAUGCAGUGUUAGCCUCAUCAAAUAGCAGUACGAGCCAUGGUGAAUGUUUUGUGAUGAAGAAUGAAUAUGGAGUAGGCGAAUGUGAUGGAUUGGAGAUCAAACAACAGCAGAUCCAGAUAGUUGAGAAUGGAGUUCCUUAUGAUGAUGAGAAAGAAUAUGGAACCAAGUUUGAUGAUUCAUCUACGCAUGUUGAUCUCUCCUGUUGUGAUCUUCAAGGGGAUGGACUCAAGUUUGAUCAUCAACAAACAACAGAACUCAGUGGAGAGGUGGUGUUGAAGGAAGAAAACAUUGUACUAGGAAAUCCGGAGGAUGAAUCUUCGUUUCACCACAUUUCUGAGCAUGAUUUGAGAAAUGCAGCUACAUUAUUCACCCUUACAAACUGAACAGAAAAACAAUCACAACUUUCUUCAUAGAUUAGACAAUUCAGGAUGCUAAAGAGGCUGUCCAAUUUUUUUAGAAAAGGAUGAGGAAAUCAGGAAAUAUAGAGUUGAAUACAUUUGUAGAAUUUUUAUUUUCAUCUGGUUUAUAGCUAUUAACCCACUUCCCAAUGCAAAGAAAGUUGGUGGUAGAAAGCCAUCGCAUAUUCUGAGGAAUAAAUAAAUGACAAGA